GGAGUGAGCCUGACUGUGAGACACACACACGGUGAAGGCUACGUUCACACAAACCUCACACACACCGUCUCAUGACUGCUGCUCCCGAAACCUGAACGACGCGUCGCGCGGGCGGGGAAACAAGCACCGGUACGUUGCUGACUGUCGCUGCUGCCCCGGGGAGCAGGAGGGGAAGCAUCAAUGCCUCCAGGUUCCCUCUCACAUAUCGGCCUGGACCUGUUCUCCUCCUCCGGCCUCCUGCGCUGAGAUAAUGAAAGGAUGGCCGAGCAGCGAUGCGGGGACCACGGAGGGCUGACGGAUGAUGCUGCUGCAGCGACACACCGAGAUGAGCAGCAGCAUCACAACACGAUGAAUCCCACGGAGGAAGCAGGACUGGAGGGUCUCUCUUUGGAUGAGAUACUGAGGCUUUAUGGCCAGCCCAUCAAUGAGGAGCAGGCUUGGGCGGUGUGUUAUCAGUGCUGCAGGACGCUGGCGAGGGCACACCGGAGAAAGAGCUCCUCCGCUGCCGCCGGAGCAUCAUCAGCGGCGGCUCUGAGGAGGAUAUCCGGACCGGGGGAUGUUAGGAUACAGAAAGACGGGUCUGUGAGGGUGGAACACCAGAGCUGUGAAGGUAAAUACAGCCCUUGCACAACAACAGAGGUCAUCGAGUCUCUGGGCAUUAUGAUCUACAAGGCUCUGGAUUACGGGCUGAAGGAGAAUGAGGAGAGGGAGCUCAGCCCUCCUCUGGAGCAGCUCAUCGACCUCAUGACCAAUAUGGCCGAGGCUGAGAGGGACGCCUGCCCCGACGAAGGCUAUGAGGCCACAGAGGAAGAGGAUGAGGCGGAGGACGACCCUGACAACAUCUCCAGCAUCCACGGCUAUAGAGAUAUCCUCAAGCUGUGCACAGUUCAUCUACCCAGUCUAUCAGAUGCCCCCAGUCACUAUCAGGCAGUGUGUCGGGCUCUGUACACAGAAACCAGGGAGCUGGGUACUUUCCUGGACAAGAUCAGGAGUGCCAAAGAGAACCUCCGUAAGAUGGAGGAAGAGUCAUCAGAGGAGCCUGGCAGAGACCUGAAUGAACUACAGAAUGCUGACUGGGCUCGAUUCUGGGUUCAGGUGAUGAGGGACUUGCGUGAAGGAGUCAAGCUGAAGAAGGUGCAGGAGCGUCAGUACAACCCUCUGCCCAUCGAGUACCAGCUCACUCCCUAUGAGAUGCUCAUGGACGACAUCAGGUCCAAGCGCUACAAACUGCGUAAAGUCAUGAUAAAUGGAGACAUCCCACCCAGGUUAAAGAAAAGCGCUCAUGAAGUCAUCCUGGAGUUCAUCAGGUCCAGACCACCUCUCAACCCUGUGUCAGCUCGUAAGCUGAAGCCGCAGACUCAGCCUCCUCCAACGCUGCAUGAACGGAUCUUGGAGGAAAUCAAAUCAGAGAGGAAACUUCGACCAGUGUCGCCCGGUGAGGUCCGCAGGGGAAGACUGGUAAUACGGCCACUUAGCAUGUCUUUCAGUUUUGAUGCGUCAGAUGAGUUUAGUCCGUACAUGGGCAGGAGGACGUCCAGCUCUCUGUCUCUGACCAAUGGAUUAGCAUCUCCCAGGGUAGAACCCUCCGGAUCUCAGUCUGCACCUCAGAGGAAGAGGCUCCUGAAGGCACCUAGCCUCGCCGAGCUGGACAGCUCUGACUCUGACGAUGAGAUCUUUGGCCGCAAGUCAGCCAGCAGCUCCAGUGUGGCUACAUCUUUGAUGGAUGAUACAUCUCCAGAGUGUGCUCUGGGGAAGAAAACUCCACCCAUGUUCCUGCCCAUCUCUUCUACACCCCAGCCAGAGAGGCGUCAGACCCCCCAGAGGAGACACUCCAUUGAGAAGGAAACCCCGACCACUGUCCGACUGUUUCAACCUCCCUCCAAACAGAGCUCCAAAUCUCUGGAGGAGUUCUGUUUCCCUGUGGAGUGUCUGUCUCUGACAGUGGAGGAGGUGAUGCACAUCAGACAGGUGCUGGUUAAGGCAGAGCUAGAGAAGUUCCAGCAGUACAAAGAAAUCUACAACGCUAUGAAGAAGGGAAAGCUCUGCUUCUGUUGUCGAACCAAAAGGUUUUCCUUCUUCACUUGGUCCUACAUUUGCCAGUUUUGCAAAAAGCCUGUGUGUGCACAGUGCUGCAAAAAGAUGCGGCUGCCGUCCAAACCUUAUUCCAGCUUGCCCAUCUACUCCAUUGGCUCGACCAACACUCUCCCCAGGGAGAGGUUGAGUGCCAUGAGUGCUGUAGGACAAGGACUCUCUGUGGCCGGAGAGCCGGGGCCAUCAGCAGUGGGAGGGGCCCAGGCGCCCCCUGCUUUGAAAGUAGAAACAACAGGAGCAUCUAAAGGAGCUGGAAAAGCCUCUGGAGCAGCAGCUGCUGCUAAAUCUGACAAGUCCUCUGGUAGUCCACGGCGCCACAGCAUUCAGAAGACCAUGUCCAAGUUUUCAAAGCACGGCUCUUUAAAGUCUCAUGAAGAACUGGAGCUUCCCUCAGAGCUGACGGAGGACUGGGCCACCAUGGAGGUGUGUGUGGACUGCAAGAAGUUCAUCUCUGACAUAAUCGCCUCCAGCAAGCACAGCCUGUCGCUGGCCACCAAGAGAGCUCGACUAAAACGCAAGACCCAGUCCUUCUACUUGUCCUCCCCUAAAGGAAGAGAGGAGUACCGCCCCUCUGAACGAACAAUCAAGGAGGUCUAAAACUUUUUAUCUCUCUCUCUCUCUCUCUGGCUGCUUCCAGCUCCUAUGGCACAAUUAUAAAGACUCAGCACUGGAUAUGAUUUUACUGUACAUGUAUACUUCAGUCAGAUAAAGCUGUCAGAUUGGCUGAUAUGAACCUCAGUGGUGGACAGUGUGGUGUUUGUUGCUGUGUCCUGAUCAUCGUGUACAGCUCCUUCAGAUGAGCGCAUACUGUAGAUCUGCCAAUUUUUUUUACCAUAUCAUAGAUGAUCCUUUAAUCCCUGGCCGCAGACUUUUGAGUAAAGAGACGAGAAGUGUUGUGAUGAGAAAUGGCAAUGUGUCAAAGUGGAAUGACCUCCCUUCCUAUGAUGGCACAACAGCGUGGUCCAAUCCAACUCACAUUCAAAUCAAUAAGCACAAGACAGAAGGACUGAUGUGUGUUUGGCUUCCUCAGGCACUGGCACUGCAGAAGACACGAGGCCUGCAGAGAGUGACACUCAAGAAAAUACGGGAUAUUAAACUGUACAUUUUGUAUGGGUUUUCAUUUAGUUUUUUACACGCGUCUGUACGGUAAAUGAUUGUUCGAUGAAGUCACCCUCAGUUUUGUUUUGCUGAUGAUGCUUAAUGAGACUUUCCCCCACUUUCGUCUUUACAAAGCAUACUUCAUAGCAUGCUCCUGUUUUUGAGGAAUCAGGAAAAGUUUCCACACAUCUUUUUUUUUUUGAUCACAUGUAGAAAACAUUCUGUUUUCAUACAGAUUUUGUGCCAAAUAACAGCAUCUUUCUAAUCUAUAUGUUAGCCAUGGGAAAAGUAAUUUCCCCCGAUUUAUGUUUGCAGAAGUCUGGCAACAAAACGAUGACACAAACUGUGAGAGCCAUACUCAUUUAAGCCCAAGAAAAUGUGGUAUAAAAUCUUGAUAUUUCAAAAAUUCAAGUCUGAAUAGUCCACACUGCUCAGUUUUUUUAGUUUAACACUCAACUAAUCUGCUUCAUCGGGAUUGUGUGGGCAAGAGCUGAUCAGAUUUGAUUUUAGUUUUGCACUUCCAUAAAGUAAUGAGACUUGUAUGAUACAGAGUAUAAAAAGAACGGUGACUUGGUUAAUUGAAGCUGAGAUAUUGUGUCCCUUAUAUGUUUGUGUCUCUUUGUCCAUUAGUCCCUAUAUGGACCAAGUUUAAGGGGACAGUUCACCCCAAAAUCAAAAAUACAUAUUUUCUACUCAUGAACAAGAGGCUUGUGCUCGUGAUAGCACAAAAUGUAAACAUUAAUGGUGUCCUCUUCAGCCACAACAACAAGGUCUGUGGAUUAACUUGAGUAACCAGCUCAUUAUUUCUGGAAGAGAAGUCAGACAUCUCUAUGGCCGAUAUCUCCAACACUCAGUAACUCACACCAAACAAUCUUACCAAACAUUACAGGUAAGAGGAAAGAGCUGUCUUUUUUUUGAUGAACUGUCCCUUUAAACACUGCCAUAACCUACAUUUCCCAUGAUGCAACUCCAUAGCAUCUUAAUGGUUAAAACAUUUACUGUUAAAUACCCACAUCUCUCAUACUCCACAACCAAAGCUGGUAACAGAGGUCUUCUGUUAUAAAUUCAUCUCACUCGGGAUAGAGCCAAAAUAACCCUGAUGACAUCAUCAGAGGAGGAGCUCCCCCCAGAGCCACAAAAGACAACUAUUUUCACAGGCUCAGUGGUUCUCCUCAUAAUGAGUGAACUGAUCUUCAUGUGUCAAAUCUGUGAAGUGCCCCUACAAACAAACACUCCCAUAACUGCCAAUUCAAACGUUGCUAAAUCCUGAUUGGUGCUAGAAAGUACAUGACAUCAUUUGUUUCCCAUUAAGCCUCUUCUACUUCAAACAAGUGAGCUAAACAAAAAAACCCAGAAAUCUCUCAUGUAAAAUAACCAAACCUACUCUAACUUUGGCUGAAAAUGUUGCACUGAUGUUAGACCCCAUCACAAAAUAAUAAGGAAAUUGAAAAAAUAUAUAUUUUUAGGGCCUUUUAAGCACAUUUUCAAACCACACGUUCAUGUUGUGUGUUUAUUUGAGACUUACUUAGACUACUCAGAUGUGCAGAGAAGCAGGUAUAGACACAGUCUUACCUGCAGUAUCAUGUGUAGUCUUGCCUUCAAAUAAUUUACAAAAAAUAUCUGCAUAUUUUUGCAAUUUUAAAUGUACCUUUGCGUUGAUAUAUAUUUCUUUCUUCUUUCAUAACAUGAAGUUCCUGGCUUGUAUUUAUGUUGUGUAUGCAUUAGUCAUAAUAAAACACCUCAUGUUAAUGUGUUUGUGCAGAUGCACAGCUCAUGAAACCCAGUUCACUGUCCAGGCAGCAGACACACACACUGUCCUGCUGUGCAACACAUACUGUAAGUCUUAACAUGAUGCCUUUAUGAUUUCCCUCCAUCAUUCAGAGUCUCAUUGGCAGGAAGACAUGUCUAAUGACUUGUGGCCUGGAUGUUUAUUUUGUUCUUCAUCACAUUCCUCAUCUUCCUCCUUAAGAUAUUUCUGCCUUAAGAAUUGCCUUUUAUGAUCACGCUCAUACGUUGAACAGUCAUCUACUGUAACUGUACAUACUUUGUUUCUAAUGAUUUGUUUGUAGGUCAGGUGUGUGUUGCCUCGAUGAUAUCUUGCCAGUGAGACUGUUGUAGAUCUGUGUCUCUGAGAGGGAAACUAACCCAGUACAGUGUGUUCACGGGAGGAGUGGGAAGUCCACAGAAGAAACCUCACAGUGUGACAGCAUCGUGCAUGUACUAUGGUGUAGCUUUUACCCUCAGUCUCUAUUACCUUUAACCUGUAACUUCUUGCAGAGAGUGCAACAAAUGAUGACUACAACAAUAAACUGUAAUG